GGGCAGCGCAGCGCAGGAGGCAGGGCAGCGGGCAUGAUGAUGGCGCAGGGCAACAGCUGCCGGAAGAUCGUUUUCAUGUGGUCCUUUGACUAUGGCCAGACGCCUCCGCCGCCUGAGCCUCCCAUGCCAAAGCAGAGGCUUCUGAUCAAGGGCGGAAGAGUUGUGAACGAUGACCAAUCUGUGGAGGCUGAUGUAUAUGUGGAAGAAGGAGUGGUGCAGGAAGUGGGACCAAACCUAAAUCCCAAGCCUCCCAGUGGUCUCACCGUGCUGGAUGCGACCAACAAGCUGGUGAUCCCUGGGGGCAUUGAUACACACACGCACUUCCAGUUCCCUUUCAUGGGUACCACAUCAAAAGAUGACUUCUAUACAGGAACAAAGGCUGCUGUAGCAGGAGGGACCACAAUGAUCAUCGACUUCGCCAUUCCUCAGAAAGGCUGCUCUCUUAUUGAAGCUUUUAAUAAAUGGAAAGGCUGGGCAGACCCUAAGGUUUGCUGUGAUUAUGCAUUGCAUGUAGCUGUUACCUGGUGGAGCGACAAGGUGAAGGAAGAAAUGAAAAGUCUUGUUCAAGACAAAGGUGUCAAUUCCUUCAAGAUGUUUAUGGCCUAUAAAGAUUUAUACAUGCUUAGUGAUGAUGAAUUGUAUGGAGCUUUGUCCUGCUGUAAGGAACUUGGAACAAUUGCUCAAGUUCAUGCGGAGAAUGGGGAGCUAAUAGCACAGAACACGAAGAAGUUGCUGGCAAUGGGGAUAACUGGUCCUGAGGGUCAUGCUUUGUCACAUAAUGAAGAUGUGGAAGCUGAAGCUACGCAUAGAGCAAUUACCAUAGCAAAUACCAUAAACUGCCCCCUUUAUGUAGUCCAUGUGAUGAGUAAGUCUUCAGCAAGGAUGAUAACCAAUGCACGAAAUGAAGGAAAGGUGGUUUAUGGGGAGCCUAUUGCUGCUGGUCUUGGCACUGAUGGUACCAACUACUGGAAUGAAGACUGGGCUCAUGCUGCAGCACAUGUGAUGUCACCUCCACUGAGUCCAGAUCCUUCUACUCCAGAUUUCCUCAUGAACUUACUGGCCAAUGAUGAUCUGUCUGUGGUAGGGACUGACAACUGCACUUUCGACACAUGCCAGAAAGCUCUGGGAAAGGAUGAUUUCACCAAAAUCCCUAAUGGACUGAAUGGAGUAGAAGACAGAAUGUCAGUAGUGUGGGAAAAAGGCGUUUACAGCGGAAAAAUGGACGAAAACAGAUUUGUAGCUGUUACUAGCACAAAUGCAGCAAAGAUCUUUAACCUUUACCCGAAGAAGGGAAGAAUUGCUGUGGGUUCUGAUGCAGAUAUUGUAAUUUGGGAUCCCGAAGCUACAAGGUAUGUAGGGGAAGUUGUUUCCUUCCAUCCAGCUCCUCUGCAGGAAAAAUACACCUCAAUCCAUUUGUGUAGCAAUAAACCUCUGGGGAGAGAUUAUGGUGUUUUUUCAACUGAACUUUGUGUGAAUUAUUUACAAGUUAUUUACUUGACUCCUACAGUAGUGUAUAUAAGCAGAGAUCCUUGAUCUCUAGAUGGCCUUAAAAAAAUCUCCCAAAUUGCUGACCAAGCACAAAAAUAACAAGGAUCAUUAUACAAGUACAUUAUACUACCAGGGCAUUGUAUCCUAAGAGUAAAAAUAACCACUUUAGGAUCUUAGAGUAACUGUUAAGUGCUUGACUAUGUUUAGCUCCCUUCCACUACAAAAAGCAGGGAGAAAAGCCUGUGUUCCUGCAGGGUGAUCCAUCACAAGCUUGUGUUUUGAGCUUACAGCUAUUUUAAACAUAUUCAGAGGUGGUCAGAAUCAUUAAUACGGGAUCCUGACCUGAUAAUGUCUCUUUCCUAGCUAGCAGAACAAGUACAGUGGUAAAGCCAUAAGUGAGCUUAGUUCUGAAGCUCAAGUUGUAUAUGCUUAUACUUAAGGAGUUUUCUGACUUUGUGCCCAGUAAGUCUGCUUAAGUAGAAUUUGUCACAACACAAGCACAAAAGAUAUGCCCAUCUCUUGCCCUGUAUGGCCUGAUGCCAUGGUACAUUCAUGCUUCAAAAGAUAUCCACUGUCUUUCUAAGAGCCUCAACUCACACAGCACAGUCUGUGCAAUAGAGCUGACUCCUGUCUUCAGAUUCACUCCAAGAGCCAAAUCCAUAAUCAGGCCACUGUAAGUAUCUCAAGUAUCUCUUGAGUGUUUCACUUGGCUCUUACACCCAACCUUGAUAUAAGAGCAGUCUAAACUGCAUGAAAAUGGUGUGGAAGCAAGCUGUCAGAGGCAGCUUGCUUUUGGAAGUUAGUAAUAUCUGCUGAGAUGCCUAUGGGCUGUGUGAGUGCACCUCCACUGUCUGACCUCCAAGCAGGUCACCUCAAAUCUGCUGGCAUUAAGCAGUUGAGUACAGAGUCUGACCACAUUCAGCCAUUGUACAUACCAGCAGCUGAUCAGGAUGUAUGCCAGGCAGGUGCUCUGGUGUCAGGCUUAGCUUCAGUAAGCAGCAUGAGCAUACACACUGAUCCUUCAUUGAGUUGAAAUUCCUUCACUGAUGUCAAUCUAAACAGUGAGUAAAUCCAUAUAAGAAAGCAAUCACAAAUCCUAGCUGAGCUUUGUGGGGUGCUGAACAUGAUAACAGCAUUGCAAGUUUUCAUCAAGAGAUCAUAGUGUUUGGUGUUCCUAAAACUUGAGCUGUUUUAACCCAGAAAUCACAAUAGAUUUUCAGCCUUUGUUUUUAAAAAACAGAGUUGAAGACUUCUCUGAUUGUAAAACAAACUUUGGAAACAUAAGUAGAUAAAUCUGAGGCUUAGAAAGCAAAUGGAGGUAAAAAGCCCUAAGCCUAGAUUUACCUUACAUAUACACAAUUCUUUAGACUUAUCUUCUGGUUUUUGAAUUUCAGGCAUUUCAAUAUACUCUUGAAUCGCAAAACCAUACAGAGUGACAGGGAAAAGCAAUCUGUGUUUCAAGCUGCAAAGCUUGAGGACGUGGAACUAGCUACUCAAAAGUCCCACAGAAAGCUGUAAAUACCAGCAGAAGUUUUAAGAGUGUCAAACAACACAGAGUCCUGCCCUAUGCUGGAUCAGAGAGAUUUUGCUGUUGGGUAUUAAAUAGCUCGUGUGCAUUGUGCCUUCAGGCAUGUUGAGCAAGCAUAUUUUGGAUCCUAGCAAUGAGCUUUUUCAGGAAAGUGGAGCUAUAAACUCUGAUUAAAACAAAAAAAAAAAAAAAAA